GGCUAGAUUUAUCAGUAGUGGUCGUGGCUGUAUCGACGCACACAUUAACUUGACUAUCGCUGUGGUUGACUGUUUGUUCUUUGUUGAAUGGUUAAAGUGGAAAGGUCGAUGUUACUUAUACCAGUAUAUAUAAAUGUUGAUGAAAUAGUUUUGGACUUGGCCAGUUGCUAGUUUGGACGUUUUGGAUUACUUGAUUUUAAAAGUGCAAGUUUAAUCUUUAUGUUUGUGAGCUGUGAUUUGUUGGUAUACAUUUAAAGCAUCAUCGAGUGUGUGGAAUUAGUUAUAUAAAAAAAUAAAAAAACGGAAUACAUUGAGCAGCAGACGGACUCAUGAACAGACAACAAACGCAUCUGAUGAGCAAUUUUGCGUGGGAAAAAAGCUGAAUAUAGAUAACCAAAAUAUCGGAACACCUGCCAAUAAGCACUUAUCUAUAAUCAACUUUUGGAGUAUAAAUAGUUAAUGAGACAAUACGAUGUACACUCAUCAUACGGUAAUAAGACGGUACCGUAAUAUCGUUUUUUUUUUUUUGCUAAUGUGAUAGCAUUGUAAUCAAUUCGAUAAUAGUUAAAUGUGAGUCAUUAACUGAAUAAUAAUAAUUAUACAGCAAUAUUUUAGACAUCAUACAUGUGGACUUACUUAAGCGAGUCAGGCGGUCAAGAUGCGCUCCUAGUGAAAUAUUUAUAAAUAUAAAUUAUAGCCAGUGGACAAAAAUAAGUGUUUGAAAAUUGUGCGAUUCAACACUUGUUACAAAGAACAGAUAAACAUCGGUAUUUAUUCAAGUGUAAGACUGUGUUCUGAUAUACGGUGACAGUCAAAAAGGUUUAAAAGGGCAGAGCAAAUAUAACCCGGCUAUUACCGACACUAGUGAAUGUUUUAAUGGAUGUAUAGACUCAAGAUUUCGGUAUUUACCUAGCCACAUACGGACACAUUCCUAUAAUUAACCCACGGUUCGUGUGUGCUUCAUGGAUAUAGAAACUAUAUAGCAGACUCAUCAAUGGAGAUUGGCGAUACGACACAAGAUAAGCCAACAAGAUGUAAUGGAGAUAAAAAUAAACUUAAAUCUGAUGAAGAACUCCACAUCGGGGUCGCUGACAAUUACCAAUUGUUUGAUAAUUAUCGCGGGCUGAAAAACAUGACAAUGAGUGAAGUGACCGCCGCUGACGGAUCGGUUAGCAUCGAUAAAGGAACGGAGAGCGGGAACGAGGACGCUAAUCCCUGUGCAAACAUGUCUAUAGAUAUCUCAAAAGAAGAGUCCGAUCUCUCAGAUUAUGGCGAAGAGGACACAACUUGUCAACUCGCAAAUCAGGCACUUAGAGCUAAACUUUUGAGCAGUGUGGCUAAUUCUGUUACUGGGAACGAGUCCAAAUUGCGGGUGUCAGUUUUCGAUCAUAGGAUUAUACCGAAGAGAUUUGUUAUACCAAAGAAGAUUGAAAGUAGACCGUCUGUCUGUGGCUUGGACACUGUUGGAAUAGACAUGAAUAAAAGACCUCAGAAUUUCAAUGGAUUUAGUGCCAGAGAAACAGAAAAUGGGAAAAGAAAAACACAGAUGUCUUACGCUGUGCUUAAGGCCAGUAAAAGACAUAAUGGUGACAGUGUUUGCUUAAAAACGUCACCAACAAGUCCCGAUGAUUCGGAAAAUGACGUCAGAACAAGAUUUGAUGUCUUGCUCAGAAAUCUCAUCGGUGACGUCGACGACCUGCAUAUGACGUCAACUCCUACGCCAGUGACUUUUUCGAGCGGAUAUGAAAGUGACUACCCACAAAACAAGGAUAUUGAAAACAAAACAAAAUCGGAUAGUAGCAACAGCCUUAAACGUGAUAAAAGCAGUGAUAGUUCCAAACAUAAUACUAAUAAAAUAAGUGAGUUUGUGAACGGAUAUACGUCAGAGGCACUUACAUUAAACAGAAGGACGGGUUCAUUACAGGGUAGCCAUGAAUUUUCCUCACUCCCAUCAUUUCCUUUGCAAUAUUCUGAGCCAAAUACAGGGUCAUUGAAAUGGUCGGAAAACAGGGACAUUCCUAUGGUCAAAGUCUCAGUGAAAGACAGGGAUACCGACUCUCAGGGAUUUUCGUACGCACAGAGACAUAACUAUAAGCUGACAAAAGUCACUCGUUCAAUGUAUGAAAUAAUCCACGACCUUCAAAAUGGUGAGAAGAGUGGCACAGACGGGCGAAAACGGUCACGUAAGGGGCGAAGGUCAUCUCAAGAGAUCAACAGCUUUCAGGAGAGUGGUAAUACAAGUGCGAGGGAUUCCAAACUGCGUGGGAGAAUUCAAUCUGAGGCUGGGAUUGUGGAUAAUAAGACUGACCAUCCAGUAACAAUGAGGCGCAAUGAAUCAGCGCCGACGCCUUUUACUGGGGGAGCAUUCAGGAGUGUCAGGCGCCCGCUGGGUGGCGAAUCCCACCCGUCUCACACAAUCCAGCGUAAUUUCUCGCAUAGUGAGAAUACUAGCAGAUUAGUGGGCUCGCUUGCAAAUGACAAUUGUAAUAAGGUUCAGAAUGACUUGAGAAAUCUCCUAUGCGACACGUCUGAUGUGACAAUGUUAAGUGGAGAAAAUAAUGGCCAUCAGAGGGAUUUAAAUACCCUAUCGGGUAGCAAUAACACUUUCACCGAGCUUUCAAGUACGGGCGACUCGAGAUAUAAUCAAACUGGGCUUUCAAUUAAAAAUGAAUCAAGUGCAAAUGAGGGUCAAAGACGCGCCACUCUUACGGAACAGUUUAAGAAAAGAUCAAAACCAGACGACCAUGUUUAUGAAACCAUCCCCGGAGAUGAAAAAUUAUAUGAAGAGUGGAAGAAAAUGAGACAAAAUCCAAAAAUACCAAAGAUUCGCCGCUUCACAACAAUCCCUGAUCUUCCCGGAACAUUCAUACCAAAGGAACCGCCGGCUUUACCCGAGAGAAAAUAUCUCAAUCCCAGUCUGUCACAAAAUCCAACCAGAGACAAUGAUAAUUACAUAUUUAUGGGUGACAUGAAUUCAAAUUUUCCCUCCAAACCAAACUUGAACACAUCAUGUGCUGACCAUGGAUUAAACCAAAUUUCGUCCGGAAAUGUUUUGUUCGAAUCAUCGUUCUUUCAGUGCUACCCAUUAGCAUACGACAGCAGUCCACAACACGCGGGAAGGACAGACGAAACAUCAGACGGAUACUGCAGCAUUGACAAUCUCUCUUUACUGCGUGACAGUGUUAAUGAUGCAUCAUUUCCGGAUACGCAGCCACGUGACUGGAAUUUUUCCAGGCACGAAUCGAAUUAUCCCUAUCGACCACCCAGGGACGACUAUUUUCUUAGCCCCAUGAGCCAGGAAGAAAUGCAGGAAUUACAAAAUACACAGGAACGUUUCAGAACAGAGAUUCCUCGUUUACUAAGUCGUCAAAAAUCACGUGACGACGAUUUAGGGAUCUCAUUUAGGGCCCAUUCGACGUUUGAGCCAAUAAAGGAACCAACCAAGCCAAUUUUCGUUGCUACUUAUGUUUGAUAUUAUAUUUAAAUAUGAGAGACUAUUUUAUCCAAAAAUGAUUAGUCAUAAGAAUAAUACAAUUUGCAAUAUUGUUUGUAUUUACAUUUUUACAAAGACAGAUGGUGCUUUAUUAUUUGUCUCAUGGCUGAGCAAUAUUGGAGACUUUAAAGAUUGUUUACAGCCACAAUCAAACUGUGACUAAUUCAAUGAUAUUCUACCAGAUAUUAACUAAAUCAUAGCUCAUGUUACAAAUGACUGGAUUACGUUGGUGUAAAAUGAUCCAUACAAUAGAUGAAUGUUUAAAUUACUAAUGAAACAUGUACGUUAUAUUUAUUAGAGAAAAAUGACCAUUCCCAUGCUAAUGGGAUGUAAGGAAUUCCUUUCACAUAUCUUUCAUGAUCUUGCAUAAAUACUACAAUUUUUUUGUCGUGAUAUAUUGUCAAUCUUUUCACCUUAAGUACUCGGCCGUUAUUCAUAAAUAAUCUUAAGAUGAAUUCUUAAAAUUUUCAAAAGUCAAAUUCACAGAAUUUUAUAGGUGUUUUUAACAAUAAAAGAAUACUUUUUCAAUUAAGACAAUGAAAAUAAACUAUUUCAGAAAUAAUUCAGUUUUUGAUAUCAUUCGACCAAUGAAAUACUUAAAGUAGAAAAGUGACUUGUGUUAUGAAAUUUCUUGAUAUGUUUUAUGAAUACUUACAAGUAUUUAGAAUCUGUAAUUACUAAAUUUCAUUAAAAUGCAACACCAAAAGUUCUCAAGAAAAUAAUAAUCUGUCUGUGUACAUGGAUUUCUAUUGUAAACCAAAGGGCCAAUAUAUAUAUAGAAUUUGCUAAUUAUUAUGAAGGUAUAUAUUAUAUACAUAAUAAUAAUAAUUAUUAUUAUAAUCAUAAAAAUUAGCAAAAUCAUGCAAUACUUGUUUAACUUAUGUUGUAUUCAAAUAUAAGUUCUAUUUGAUUUUGAAUUGUUUUGAAAUUAACACAAUUGUUAAUAGAACAAUAAUUAUUAUCAUAUUUUGCAAUUCCAGUUGAUAUUCUUGUUGAAGAGUUAUUGUUUUAUACAUUUUGAUUUUGACAUGCAUUUGUACAGCAUUUACAAACUUACUUGUUCUGAUGAUAUGUUUAAUUUAUAAAGUAAAUUUACUAUAAAA